UCUGAGCUGGUGGUCCUUGAGCAGCCUCCCAGCAGGGAGAAGCCCUUCAGGUGCUUGGAAUGUGGGAAGAGGUUCAAGGCCAGCACCAAGCUCCUCAUCCACCAACACAUCCACACUGGGGAACGACCCUACACGUGUGGGGAGUGUGGGAAGAGCUUCAACUGUAACCCCAACCUGAUCCAACAUCAGCGCAUCCACACUGGGGAACGGCCCUACACAUGUGGGGAAUGUGGGAAGAGCUUUAGGCAGAGCUCCGCAAUGAUCCUACACCAGCGCAUCCACACUAGGCAGAAGCCAUACAAGUGUGGGGAAUGUGGGAAGAGCUUUAGGCAGAACUCUGUCCUCCUCAUCCACCAACGCAUCCACACCGGGGAACGACCCUACAAGUGCUUGGAAUGUGGGAAGAGGUUUAGGACCAGCUCACAUAUCCUCCUGCACCAGCGGACGCACACGGAUGAGAUGCCCUUCCGCUGCACUGACUGCGGGAAGGGCUUCAGGCAGAACUCCCACCUGGUCAUCCACCGGCGCAUCCACACUGGGGAACGGCCCCACAAGUGCUUGGAAUGUGGGAAGAGGUUUCGGACCAGCUCACAUCUCCUCCUGCACCAGCGGACACACACAGAUGAGAGGCCCUUCCGCUGCACCGACUGCGGAAAAGGCUUCAGCCAGAAUUCCUCCCUUGUCACCCACCGACGCAUCCACACCGGAGAGAGGCCCUACAAGUGUGGGGAGUGUGGGAAGAGCUUUGCCCAGAGCUCUACCUUGACCUCACACCAACGGACCCACCGGUAAGGGAAGUGCCUUGAGUGCCCCGACUGCAGGAAGAGCUUCGACUGCUGCUGCUGCUGCAACUCCAUCAGCCAUUGAAGGACCCCCGUUGGGUGAUCCACAGGAACCCACGUUGGGCACAGACCUGGUGACCCUUGUUCCAGGUGAUCCAUGCUGGGCACACACCUGGUGACCCGUGUCCAACCCCUGUCCUGACCCCUCUGACAGUGAGGGUGACCCAGGGUCUUGUUAACUGAUCCCUUGGGGAAAAUUAGAGUUAGUUUAUCUAUCUAUCUCUCUAUCUAUCUCUCUAUCUAUACGUAGGGUUCAGUUUAGAUCAAUUUUGUUUCCUUGUAGAGUAGGUUUGAGGCAGUUUUGGCUCCUGUCUAUAGUGAUCUAAAAGCAUAAAAAUAACACUUCCUCUCUCUGGCUCCAAGCCCAGCCUGUCCCCUCCAGGGGUAGAUGUUACCACCCCUUCCCCGGGCGGUUCCUUUGCCCCUGGGCAGCAAAGCCCCCGCUGCUUCUGCAACGGCAGAGUGUUGGAGCCAUGGACCAUUAACAUUCCAGUCUCUCCCAGCUCUGCAUCCCAAAAGCCGAACGGGAUCAAUGUGUCCCCUCAAAGUGACUCAAUCCCGUAGCAGUUCAUAUUCCAGGAAGAAUGCCGAAGGGCAUCCUGGGACUCAUAGUCCUUCGGUCUCUGUCGCACGUGCGCAGUGAAGUGCUCAGAUGGGAGUGCUUGAGGAGGUCCCAUGUCACCGUUUGAAGUGUCUGUAUAAGCUUGUGUUGAUCUUAAUAAAACUAAUUGGGUUACUGCACCCCCGUGUCGACUGGGUUCGUGCAAGACAAAUGCUCUAAAUGGCCACCCCAAUCGGGACAUUCAACAGGCGUCGGUAACCAGAGGCCAAAGGCCUUGGGACAUCUUGCCAUGGCAUCUGUCCUGAUGGAAUUCCAAGGAAAAAGGAAGAGCUCUUCGACAAAUUGUGCGCAUCAGUCACCUCUGCAGAAACAGGACAAAAAGAGAAAAAGGACAAAAAAGGACAAAAGAAGAAAAAUCCGGCUUCAGCAAACAAGAGGUGACCUAUUAGGAUGGGAGGGAUGUAUUCCCACCCACGAGGGGAGGUGUUCCCCAGAAAUUAAAGAAGAAGCUGAAGCUGUCAGCCAGUCCUUAAAAACGCUUGUGGAAGAUAUUACAGAAACCUGGUUGGUAGAGAGAGGACACAUUAAAGAUUCUAUACCGCUGGUCUCACGCUAAAGCAAGAAAACUAUUAGAAGGUCACUGAUCAGUGUGUUUGUGAAACUGCUUUGUUUAAGAAACUGCAA